UUUGCCAGGAUGAAUUUCUGACUAAUUUAAUAUGUCAUCAGCAUAUUACGUGUUCAAUUUCAAUCACAAAUUGUGUGCAGAAAGAAAGAAUAUCUCACGAGCUUUCUAAGGAAAAUAGGAAAUUUUCGGAAUCGCAAACAAUGUGGCGAUCAAACUUGUCGUUUACGCUCUUGCUGCUCUCUACAAUUACGACGACCACGACGGCAAAAAUUUUGUACGCCAACACGUCCAGCGAACUCACCUCCGCCCUCAAGAAGGCCAAGCCUGGCGAUGUGGUCACUCUCCUCCCAGUCGACUACGUUGGCGAUUUCGUUCUCCCAGAUCAUACUGACAAAGACAAUGCUACGUCGAAUGAUGCCACAACGCUGCUUGGGACACAGUCGGAGGAUUUCCAGCGUCACUCGACAAUAAUUUCCUCCACUGGGACGGGGAUCAGUAUAACAGCGCACCGUCGCCCCUGGAAUGUCAAAUCUCUCGUGAUUCAAUCAAACGAUACGGGAGUAAAAAUAAGGGGAAACAAUCACGUGAUACAAUCAGUGGUUAUCAGAGCUUCAAAAGUUGCAGCGGUAAUCAAGGGGGAUAAUAUUGUGCUGAACUCUACCGUAAUUUCGAAUGGAGAGAAAGGUGUAAUCCUUGGUGGAAAUGAUAACGUUGUAAAAAGCGUGGCUUUGAAUGGACUUUCCAAAUCUGGGAUUGUCGUCCAAACUGGAAGUGCAGGGACCCAGAUCCGGAGCGUUUCUACACAAAUGUUGACAGGAAACUCGCUGAUUCUACAAAAUGGGACGAAAGGGACAAACGUGCAUUCCACCACGUUCAAUGCAAUUGCAAAUCUUGAUGGGGACGACGGCAAGUUUGCUAGCUGCGUCUUUACUGGAGUGAAUUUGUCGGGUUGUCGCAACAAGUUUUCAGCCACAGUUAUCCAAAAUUUGUACGAAGAGACGAGCGACGACAACUCCACCAAUUGCAACAACAUUUUCGAGAAAACUUGUGUGAUUGGGAACGAGUCGAAUGAUCCUCUGGACUGAAUCAAACAUAGAUUUACUCUACGAUCUGUCCAUGCAAAUUCAUGAAUCCUAUCCACAUAAUGUAUUUUGA